AAGCCUGUUGGUCAUAUAUAGUUUUCAUUGAGCUAAGGAAGAGAAACAUUGGUUUGCUCACACAAAUAAAGGAAGAACCCCCAAAAUAAACCGAUUUAGAAAAAUGUUAGGACAAAAAUCUUCCCAUAUAUGCAAUUAGUGUUUGUAGAUACCAGUCUUCUUAACAUCGUUUUUGUCACAGAUAAGCCAUGGAGAGAAUAACAGAGAAACUGUUACUGGAGAAAGGUUCUCCAAAAACCAACAAGCUGGAACAAAUCAAGACCCUGAAUUUAUCCAAGAUGGGGCUGAAGCUUCAGGACCUGCCCAUCAGGCUCCUGUCCCGCCUGCAGUCCCUGGAACGCUGGGAUCUGUCUGCAAACAGGCUGCAGGAGUUUCCUAAGAACCUGGAGCUGCCGGCACUUCGUUACCUGGACCUCAGUGACAACCAGAUGGAGGAUGUCACCACUCUGGAGUCUCUGAGGGGUCUGGAAAAGCUCAAGAUGGAUGACAAUCUUUACGUGACUGUGAGUGACAACUACAAGCUGAUGGUGUUGCUGCCCAAUCUGAGAGUUUACAAUGGGAAAGAUGUCAGCACCACCGCCAACCACAUACGCUAUGUCUUCUGCGACAACCUGAGGUCCCGGGUCAUGGCGGUGUGGGAGAGGAGCUUCAGCCUCCCGGAUCCCAUCAUGGCGGAGAAAAUGUCCCAGCUGGAGACCAACUUUGUAAACACUGCACGUCAGCAAGUCAAAUAUGGACCCAGUUCAGUCAGCGAUUUCACCAAAUGGAAGGUGGAGAUUUUAGCUCGGCAGUAUCUGCGUUCGCUGACAGAGCUGAAGGAAGACCCUGACUCUAAAGAGAACAAUGCUGUCUCAACGCCUCAGAAGAGGACACGAACUGAACCAGGAACGGAUACCAACGUGCGUCUGACUCCUAAAAAGUUGCGCAGCGAUCUCUCGGCUUCCUCGGCCGAGCACAGUCCUCACAGAUCCAGCCUCCACCUCAAACUGGAGACGGUAACGCAAAUCAGAAUGAGUCCUCGCAAAACAAAUAAAACUCCCGCCACUCCCACCAGAGGGCAGACGAGGGCUGAGACAGUCAGGAAGAGCCCUGCAGCUCAGCAACCCAAUGAGGAGGAAGCUCCAGCUAAACGGAGGAACCAUGGCAAAGCUUCAAAGCUGCAGAGAGACACCUACACGCUGCCCAUCAUGAAGACUUCCAGCAACAUGCAGGAUCAGCCGGUGUGUCUGAAGCCUCUCCAUGUCCUCCAGUGUCACAGUAAACAGGACAGCUCGGACGACUUCUCCACACAGCUGUGGGCCUGUGCCUUCCAGCCGCCACUUGUUUCCUCUGGUAACAGCCGCAUGGUUGCUACCUGUGGGGGAGACUCUCUCUGUGUGAUUGACUGUGAAACAGGGAUGGUGAUGAAGAAGUACAAAGUUCCUGGAGAGGAGUUCUUCUCUCUGGCCUGGUCCACAGUGUUGAUGUCCAGAGGAGACAAGGCUGCUGCCCAGUUCUGUAGCGUUCUCGCAGCUGGAGGCAAGAGAGGACUCGUCAAACUGAUCCAUCCCAGAAACAACGUGGCCUACGGGGAGUUCAGAGCCAGCCGAAAGGCCCUUUCUGUCCUUCGUUUCAACCACCAGCAGGGAAACUUCCUGUUUACGGGUUCGUAUGACAACAAGAUCGUGAUGUGGGAUAUCGGUGGAGUGGACAGCCAGUACAACUAUAAAGUUGUCCAGCUGCUGGUGUUGGAGCUCAGCGCCACGUCUCUGCACAUCUGCCUGCCUCCGACUAGUCCCAGCGCACACCUGCUGACGGCCUGUGAGGACGGCUUGCACUGCUACGACACACAACUCAGGACCAACGGCGCCACCAAGAGCAGGUUGAAAGAAAUGGAGAUAACUUUCCCCAUUUACAAGGAGGAGGACGAAGAACACGACUACCACACAAUUGAUGGCCUGAGUUUUCUUACUGAUGACCUUGUAGCUUCGAAGAGCUACACGCAUGCUUGCAUCUACUUAUGGAGCUGGAGCAGGACCAAGGCUCAGCGACCGGACAGGAAGAGCCUAGCAGUGGGAGCUGUGGUUCUGGCGGAGCUGCAGUGGACUAACACUGACGUUCCUUACCUGGCUCUAAACACCUGUCCUGGACGAGCCUACGUAGUGUGUGGCGAUGACAAAGGCAGGAUGUGGACCUACCAUGUCACCAACCUUCAGAAAUCCAGUUUUCACGCUGGGAAACCCAUCCUUCCCACUGAGGUGUUUGAGUGGCCCGUCCCGAUGAGGACCGGUCUCGGCCAGAUGAAGGGCCCCUCCAUCAACAGUGUAGCUAUGGACCCCGAGCUUCGCUACCUGGUUGCCCUCAGCGACAAGAACAUGGUGAUAAUAUGGAAGAGAGAGGAGUCCUGAACAAUGGCUGGAAGCUUCUGGACAUGAAGCUGCACCAGAUUACACUAAAACAUCUCUGAUCCUGUUCAGGAUCUUGAUCUGACUUUUUGAACUGCAUCCAUCCUCAGAAAAACUAAAUAUAUGAAAAAAGCAAUCUUUUAUUAAAUGGUUUUUAUUUUUAUGUAGAAUUUUAUCACAAAGUUUGACCGAAACUUUGAUUUCCUUUGUUUUUUAGAUGAAUAAGUUGCUGCUGUUGGGAACAUCAGCAGCCAGGUGGAACUUACAGGUGUCAUUUAGAACUUAUCAUAACAACUACAUUUACAUGGAAGUUAGUACAAUAUUAGCUGGUAUUGUAUGGUUGAUAUAAAGAGCCAUUUCAGCUUAGAUGGAACCAGUUAGCCUCGGCCUUUGGAUUCAGUUCUGCUCCUCAGUUUAAAUCAUUUUAGAAAGAUGGUGCAGAAGCAGAUCUCAGUUGUCAAAAGAUCCAUGUUCGCUGAUGAGCAUAAUGUGCAGUGAGCCACAGCAGAAAUUAGAUUAAUUCAAUCAGACACACAUUUUUCCAGUGACUUGAGAUUUAAGCUUAAGCAGGAUCUGGUACUUCGGCCCUCAAGGGCCACCAUUCUGCAGGUUUUAGGUUCAGCCUCAGGUGGUUGUCAGGUGUAGCUUUUCUUCAUCAACACAUCUGAUUCUAAUGAAAACGAUCUAACUGCUUGUUGCCAAGUUCUGCACAAUGACCCAUGAAUCUGAUUUGGGUGUUGAAGCAGAGAAACAUCUAAAACCUGCAGGACACAGGCCCUCAAGGGCCGGACCUUUUAAUGGUGUGGUGUCAGGGUCUUUCUAAGGGAGUCAGGAACCAGAGAAGAAAUGCAGACGUCUAACAUAAAAUGUUGAAUCAAUAUUGUUCAGAGGUGGAAACUAGGUUGUCGAUAUGACUUUUUAAGCUGUAAGUGAAGUAAAUGUCAUUAAAAGGAGAUUUUCUGCC